AUGAAGAACUAUAAAAUUACGAAGAAUAAUACGAACAAGCUAAUGAACGAAGCCCGUCGCCAAUUUUACAAGAACUUCAUUGAGACAAAUAACUCUAAUCAACAUACGUUAUUCGCAGCCGCGAAGAAAUUACUUAAUCAUGGUGACAAGAGAGUUGCGUUUCCUCCUUCUGUUGAUAAACUUGAAUUUGCUAACCAAAUGGGUACUUAUUUCGUUGAAAAAAUCCAUAAUAUUCACACUAAUCUUGAAAAUAUGGGGCACGAUUUACCCGAGUUUGAAGUUUAUAACACAUCUGAAACAACUGCUCAUCUAAGUAACUUUAACACACUCACCGAAGAAGAUGUUCGAACGCUUAUCAAAGAGUGCGGAAAAAAGAACUCUGCUGUCGACCCCAUGCCAACGUCACUGGUGAUCGACCUAAUCGAUGUGUUAUUACCGACUAUCACCAAGAUAAUUAAUCUGUCAUUGGACUCAGGGACGUUUGCUGACGUCUGGAAAUGCGCUCUUGUACACCCGCUCUUGAAAACUGUCGGAGUGGAUCCACUUUUCGUGAAUUGUAGACCUAUAAGCAACCUACAGAACAUUUCCAAAUUAACUGAGAAAAUUGUAUUUAGUCAGACCCAUUCGCAUAUGAUGGCCCACUCAUUAUAUCCUGAGCUACAAUCAUCUUAUCGUCGAUAUCAUAGCACUGAAACCGCACUGCUCAAAGUUACAAACGAUAUCCUGCUAAAAAUGAACUCGCAAGAAGUUACUUUACUGGUUACACUUGAUCUAAGUUCCGCGUUUGACACUGUCAAUCACGAAAUAUUGCUUCGCCGUCUCCGAAAUGAGUUUGGCAUUCACGGAAAAGUCUUGGAUUGGUUCAAAUCAUACCUGCACAACAGAGGUCAGCAAAUUUCUAUCGAAGGUAUACUAUCCCAACGUUUCGAUUUGGACUCAGGAGUUCCACAAGGGUCGUGCUUGGGUCCCCUUCUUUUUAUUAUACAGGGUGUAUAAAAAAAACUGAACAGAUUUGAAAUUGCUGUCAAUUUCGCAAAACACCUAUUUGUAUCUGUUUUUUUAUAUAUAUAGCUUCUUUGGGUACUUAUAAUGUAAAAUAAUGAAAAAAAUUUCUCGAACCCAAAUUUUGUGAACCAGGGGUGUGUGUCUUUUCCAACAAAAUAAAAAUGGCUCGCGCACAAAAUUUAAAAGCUGUAAUCAUAGUUUGAGUUAACAGAUUGAAAAUUUGUCGGGUUUUUAAUUACUGUACGAAAUUUCAGACAAUUUGGUUUAGUUUAAGCCCUUUAACUAUUCAUUUUGUUCUAAAAAGUCAGCCUUUCGCUAGCUUAAUUAAUGCCUUUACCUAAUUUGCAUAUUGCUGACAUAUGCAAAUUAGGCAAAUGCAUUAAUUAAGCAUGCAAAUAGCUGAUUUUUCGGGAAAAUUGUAACUCAAAUUGUCUGAAAUUUUGUACAGUAAUUAAAAUCCCGACAAAUUGUCCAUCUAUUAACUCAAAAUAUGAUUGCAGCUUUUAAAUUUUGUGCGCCAGCCAUUUUUAGUUUGUUCGAAAAGACACACCCCCUGGUUCACAGAAUUUGAGUUCGAGAAAUUUUUCUCAUUAUUCUACAUUAUAAGUACCCAAAGAGGCUAUAUAUAUAAAAAACCGGAUACAAAUAGCUGUUUUGCGAAAUUGAGAGCAAUUUUAAAUCUGUUCAGUUUUUUUUUAUACACCCUGUAUAUGCAUCCAAGCUGUUUAAAAUAAUUGAAGAUCAGCUUCCCGACUCACAUGGUUAUGCCGACGAUACACAGCUCUACCUCAGUUUUAAGCCAAGUUUAAGUACGUCACAGGAAGACGCUUUAUGUGCGAUGGAGUCUUGUAUCGAUAAGAUAAGACGCUGGAUGAUUCAGGAUAAACUCCUGAUGAACGAUGGCAAAACUGAAUUCUUGGUCAUUGGCACUCGUCAGCAAUUAUGUAAACUUCAGCCUAUCAGCAUUUCAGUUAAUAAUUCUGUGAUUUCUCCUAGCCCGCAUAUUAAGAACGUUGGCAGCUGGUUGGACUCGAACUUAAACAUGACUACUCAUAUCACAAAAGUAUGUAAAGCCUGUUUUUUCCACCUGCAUAAUAUCAGACGAAUUAAGAAAUAUCUAUCAAGAGACAACUUACUGAUCCUAGUACAUGCUUUCAUCACCAGCAGGCUCGACUACUGUAACAGCUUAUUCUACGGUCUCCCUGGAAAGCAAAUAUCUAAACUACAGCGUGUUCAGAAUGCCGCUGCAAGAUUAGUAAUGGACGUUCCAAAAUAUUCUCAUAUUACGCCCGUACUGUAUGAACUACACUGGCUUCCGGUACAUGCUAGAAUACAAUUCAAGGUGUUACUAUUUGCUUUUAAAGCUAUACACGAUCUAGCACCAUCUUAUAUUAAGGAUCUCAUUAAUGUCAAAUCGAAGUCGUCCUUCAACGUAAGAUCUAACAAUGGCACUCUACUGGAACCUCCAGCAGGCAGGAUGCUUACCACCUUGGGUGCCCGAUCCUUUCACGCGGCUGCACCUCAUCUUUGGAACAGUCUUCCACUUGGUAUACGUUCACUUAUAUCUAUUGACUUGUUCAAGAAAUCAAUUAAAACUCAUCUUUUUAGGAACGUUUUUACUGACUUUUUAUAAGAUACGAAUAUUGAAUUUUAAGAAUGUUAAUAUUUAAUAAAUUCAUCAGUAACAAUGUAAAUAAUCAAUAAUGUAAAUAUUGUAUCUAUUCUUAACUCUGUGAAGCGCUUUUGAUCAAUUGUUGUAAAUAGCGCUAUAUAAGUAAUAAAUUUAUUAUUAUUAUUAUUAUUAUUACACACAUACAAACCCAGAUGAUUACAUAACCUUCUGGCGGAGGUAAUGAUUACAUAACCUCCUGGCGGAGGUAAUGAUUACAUAACCUCCUGGCGGAGGUAAUAACUAAUUUAUUUACUUCUUGUUAUCAUUGUAUGUAUGAAAAUAUUAUGAUUUUCAAGACAAAAAAAGGGUCAACCUCGUUGUAAGGGUCUUUCUUAGAACGGCGCGAGGCGAAGGAAAAACCCCGUUUUCGGCUGGUCACGUGUCAACAAGAUUCUGGGUGAUAAAUUAAAAUGAUACUAUGGGCAGGGUGGGAGAGGAGCGUGUUUGUCGCGUUUGUAACAAUAUUUGCAAUUUUGUGUGAUGAAAUUUAAAUUUGCAAGAAGAAAUCGUGAAGAGAACUGCAAUUAAAAAUUAAUAUUUAUCGUGAUGUGACUUUCUGCUCUAUAAUCUAGUGUUGAGUUACAAUUCAAGCAAGUUGGAUCAGAUUUCAACUUAUAGACUUGCCAAACACGCCUGGGCGGCGUGGCAAUACGCCUACAAGAAAAUUCAUAUCUCUAGACCGACCAAUGUGGUUUAUAUUUAUUUAAUUGUUAGUAUUAAAGUAUAUCCUGAUACUUGGACCAAAAGAAUAUAUUUAUUGAUGAGAUGUGGAAUUAGUGGAACGAGAUAGUGAGAUCUUUUGAUUUCCGAAACUGUAUCGCCCGAGGUAUCGCCAAGACGCCAACUGUAUCGAGAUUGUUGAUUAUAAAGGCCUUAUCAAAAAACUUAAAUCCCGUCGAAAGACUAUAAAAUUUCCUGCAAGAUCUCAACGAUCAUGGUAUAUGUCAAAGUCUAGCUGUCUGUUGAAAAUCUACGCUAUUACAGUAAAGUCAUACAUCAAAGAUAAGUCGAACGACAAUAUAUUUAUGUCUUUCAAUGAGCACUGUUUAGUACUGUCUGUGUUUAUACCACAUUUAUAAAUUUUAUAAACAGCAUUCGUUUUGAUACAAGCUUUAAUUUUCUGCUUUAUAUUCAAUUUUCUGCUAUAUUCUUAAUAAUACAAGUGAGAUUUAAAUUUUUUGCUUUGUGAAAUAGAAUACCGUUAUUUUUUAAUGGACAGCUUGUAUCGUCUCUAUCAUAUCCAGGAUUGCUUGUGUGUAAAUAGCCUACAUGUAUCACUAUAUAUGCCACUAUCAAAUAAAUAUAGAAAUAUAAAUGAACUUAUUGAACUAGAAAUAAACAGAUGAUUGAGAGACAAUGAGAACUGUUAGUCGAAAAUUUAUGUGUACUCGUACGUAUGGCAGUCUGUGCGCGUCUGACAUUGUAAAUUUGUGAUGUAGAUUAUAAUCUAGCUAGUUGUCUGUAUAUUAGGAAACUUAUCAGACCAAGAAAAAGGCUAAAGCCUUUAAUACUAUAAUUAAUAAAUAUAAUACAAAUUAUGUACUAAAUCCAAAUUUUAAAGAUAAAUCACUGACAGACAUUUCUCUGUUUGGCUGGUAUCAAAUGUUUACAUUUGCUGAUAUUGGACUCUACUCUCUAGUUCUACUGUCUAGUAAUACAAUACAAUACUGUUUCUUUUAAAAAUCUUAUAAACAAGACGUGCAAAGCAUAGUAACGUUUACAAAAAAGGACAAAUCUAAUGCUUGUUUUAAAAACAUAACAUAUGUGGAAAUGGUGACCACUGAAAAGCCCAUAAACGUUUGUUAUAAAACCGCGCUCGAGUGUGAAGAGAGCAUUGAAUAAUAAUAACACGAGAGCGAGAGCACUGCGAGUAACGAUUUGCUUGGUUUUACUGUUGGUAAAAAUGUAACAAUGUUCUUGUAAAUUCAAAGCAAAUAAAAUAAACAAAAAUUAGCAAGUAUUUUGAACUUACUGAUAGUUCGCAAAAUUUAUGUUUUUUGUAAUUUGAUACUUUAAACACACACCCUCGGGCGAUCAAUUUUGGACGAGGCACGUGACCAGUCGAUACCAGGGUCUUUCCUAAAGACCCUGGGAACGAGUUUGAAGAAGGGUAAGUUUUUUGUUUGUUUAACCCCUCCCUCUCCCCUACUUUUAUUUUCAUUCAGUUAUGUGCUACUAUGUUUCCACAUAAAUAUCUCAUGCUACCAAAUUAUUUUUUUCUACAGUUUUGCAAUUCUGACGGAUGUGAAUGGUGCCAUGUUAACUGCUGGAUGAAACCAAAUGGUUGUUACAGCCAAAAUAUAAUAUGGAUAUAUCAGCCUAGACCUAGGCCUUCUACUUUUAUUUUUAUUUUUUUAAUAUUCAGCGCUUUUUCACAUGAAAAGACUGGGACUAGGUGAUUUGGGGGCGGGCCGGAGGAAGGACACAAGCCUGACGCAAGCGAAAAAAUAGAAGGCCUAGUGGAUUUCCCAACAACAAGGCCAAAACUGCCCUGAAAGUGCCCUGGUUGAGAAAUGCCCAAUUAUUGCGUUCUCAAACAGAAUUAUUUGCAACUUAUUUUUAACAGCGAAUUUAAACCGAUACAGGUGAAAUGAACUCAUUUAUAGUAUAAACUUACUAUUUUUAUUUGUAUACACGUCUAGAAAAUCGUGUUUUUUUUAUAAUAAAGUUUGAAGCAACACUAUUAUUAUGUUGACAAGGUGAAGCGAAAGCACAAAAUAAUAAUUCUUUUAUUCGCAAGACAAUCUACUGUUUUGCUUUGAAUAACUAUAUUUGCGAAUUGGAAAUGAGGAUUUUGAAAUUAUUGUUCAAAUAUUACGGAUAUACCAUUUGUAAACAAUGUACGUUUUUAUAUACAGUACUGUACGGGUUAAUAAUAUAUGUAUCCGUUUUAUUUAAUAAAUUAUAAUUGUAUAUGUGUUUGUAUAUUUUACAAACACAAGACUGCUUCUUGCCAAAAUUGAGAAAAUAUAUAUUAAUGUAGUUGUGUAUAAGACAAAAUUUCAUGAAAGAUUCUACUUUUGGUAUAUAUUUUGACUCAUUUUGUGCUUUCGCUACACCUUGUCAACAUAUUAAAUAAUAGUGUUGCUUCGAACUUUAUGAUAAACUAGACGUGUAUACACAUAAAAAUAGUAAGUUUAUACUAUAAAUGAGUUUAUUUUACCUGUAUCGGUUUAAAUUCGCUGUUAAGUUGCAAAUAAUUCUGUUUGGGAACGCAAUAAUUGGGCAUUUCGCACAAGGGCAGUUUCAAGGCAGUUUUGGCCUUGUUGUUGGGAAAUCCACUGGGCCUUCUAGGCUUGCUUCCUCCGCCCCACCCCCAAAUCACCUAGUCCCAGUCUUUUCAUGUGAAAAAGCGCUGAAUAUUAAAAAUAUAUAAAUAAGACCAUCCUCGGACCCAGGGCCUCACGGCUGACACUGCGUUGCCGGAGGCCCUGGCGAAAACCAAAACCGGAACUUCAAAAAUCUUGUAGUUUGCCGGAAGUAAACGUAAUAAAAUGCUGACUCUGCAUCUUUUUUGCAAGGAGUGAACUUUGAGAAUUUCUCGAAAGAAAUAAUGUUUUACAUGCAAGAUAAACAUUAAUUUGAUCUGGUUAUUUCACCAUUAAAUGAUUUAAUGAUUGACCAAAUCAGUAAACUAAAGGAUCAUGUAAAUGUUUCAAUUAUAAAAGCUGUUCAAGUUGAUGAAUCGAAGGAUAAAAUGUGUAGUUUGGGAGAGUCAUUGUAUAUGGACAGCAAUCAAUUGGAGAACAUGAAAGUUAUUGAAUUUUUAUUAUAAUCGACGAAAUAUACAGACAAUUUAAAAGCGAUAGUUGUGGACGAAGCCCAAUCUUGUUACUGAAUGGUGAGUGAGUGAUACUGAUAUAUUUGCUUGUUUCUCAAUAUUCUUUCUUUGCUAUAUUAAUGGUUAUCUGCAAGACUGUGCACAUACAGACAACAUAAUAUUCUGUUUAAUACACCCGGUCUAAACGCAGCAUUUUACAUGUGCCAAGUCUAGAAAAGUUUGUUCAACCUUUUAAGUACUACCAAAUUAUUUUACUCAGCUUAACAUGCCAGAUGAUUGAGUGUACUGGUCAAUGUGAGAAUGCUUAACUGCUCAAUGGGUUAAUCAGAUUAUUUAUUGUACUUUACUAUCUUACUGUCUAAUGUCAGACAAUUUUGCUCAUCAAGGGGAGAGUGGGUAUAAUUGCAAAGUAAUUACUUUGCCACUUUGGACAAAUGUAUAAGUUACAUAGGUUUACUACGUACCGGUAUGUACAUAAAUUCAACAUUUAAAUCAAAUGUCAAACUUUAUUAUUUGAGUCAAACUUUAUUAUUUGAGUCAAACCAUGUAAAUUCACAUUAGAUUUGGCACAUGUAAAAUGCGGCAUUUAGACAGAGACAAUGAGCAUAAAAACCUGAAAUAUUAUGUGCAUCCCACCCACCCCCUUCGUCCCUCUCCCCACCUUAAUCUUGGUAUCCGCAGAUAACGAUUGUUUGUAGGAUAUACAACUACCUGUAAGGUAUCAUGUGUGACUGCAUACUACAAGCUAGUAUCAUAUUGUACAGUUUAAUACAUAUAUAUGAUUUGAAAUAUGUAUUUUCUUGCCAGCCAUUUUCAAUCAUAAAAUUAUCCAUGUUGCUGUUAAAUUAUGAUUGGCCUAAAAUUUUUGGCUAAAGAUUGUUUUAAUUUAUAAACAUUGUACUACUACUACCUUAGGAAGGAUUUCAGGCCUUGCUAUGAAAGGAUUGGUAUGUCGGGAAGUUUGUUUCUUCAUCAACUCAGAGAAAGAAGUUGCAUCAACAACUCUACAACGGUUUUUUGACAGAUGUUUUAAGCGAAAGUAUAUAUCAGAAUCUGUAAAUAUUAGAUAUCUUUUAGAAAUACAAGGCAGAAAUAUUUUUAAAGCUUCUGUAAAUCAGAAGAGUGCCAUAGUCGACUUGAUACCAAGAAAAAAAUCCACAAGCUACUCUUUGAGGACAGAGUUUAGUCAGUAUCCAAGAGUGAACACGGAACGUUUUAAAUUGUCGUUUGCAAAUAGAUUAAUUUUUAACUAUAACCUAUUCAUAUGAUGUAAACUUUACUAAUUUAUUCUUAAUAUAUACUUGUAACAUAAGAUAUGUAUUUUUAUCUUUUGAUCUAAUAAAAAGACUUUUGAAAAAGACUUUUGAAUUGAAUCAACUCAGAGAAAUUAGAAAGAAAUUUCAUCAACUAAGAAAAAGAAAGAAAUUACAUGAACGAAAUAAACAAUUUUGUGUCAUUGAUAUAAAUAAUGAUUUAUUCUUACAAUUUCCUCUAUGAAAAUUUGGUGUGUUAAUAAAGAUACUGUAAAAAAUAAAUAACAGCUUUAUGAUGCAUCCAUGCAGUGCUUAAAUAUUGCAGUGGUGUAGUUAAUGGAGGUGUGUGGGUAACAGUGUGCUUGUGUGUGGAGGCCGGAUGCUCCAGGAGUUCCCCGACAAGGAAUAUCAAUUCCCUGACAAGGAAUAUCAGGUUCCCCGACAAGGAAUAUCAGGUUCACAACAGGGGGCUAUAUAUAAUCUUUCAAACAGUAAAAUUAUUGUUUUGUAUGUUCAACUUAUGCUCACACAUGAAAAUGUUGAAUUUUUUGGCUCUCAUGAAAUGGUGCAGAAUUUAUUGUCUGUAACAGUGCAUUUACCAGCACUACAAAACAAGGUCAUUACAAAACAUAAUUUUUCCCAGUACAUUCCACUUCCCUGAUUGGGGAGGGGCUAGAAUUUCCACAUAGGGGAGCUACAGCCCCCCCCCCCCUACCUGAUCCUUGCACUGCCUCUGCCUUACCCAAUUUCUCUUCAAAAGUUUACAAAUUAUAAAUUUGGUGCUGUUGACAUGAAGUGCUCCUCAAUUUUAAAUUUCAAAACUUUCCUCCUGUGCCUAUGGUGACUAAUUAAACCUUGAAAUCUAGCACUAUAAUUUAUAAAAAUUAUGUCAACUGCAUGUAAGAGAUUCAGAAGUUAGUUUCCCAGAUGUUGACACAUUACUUAAUACUGAAUGUAUGUAUACAGCAUAAAAUUGGGAGGCUCAUCACCAGUGUAGCAAAGUUGCAGUAUUACUAUUAACAAUAUAAUUUGUCAACUGUAAAAAAACAUUGAUAGCCUAUAAAUUAAGCAAAAUAUUGCAUGAAAUUUAAGGCAAAACAAGGUGGAAGAACUAACAUUUCCAGCUAUUAUAUUAAUCACUUUGUCAUUAUUAAAUAGUAUUAAAAUACAAUAUGUCAUUAUUAAAUACAUUUAAUAUAAAAUACAAUAUUUUUACAUAAAUUAAGAGCCUUUGAUGAAAUUGAUAUAAAAUCAAUAAAGUAUGUCUAUUAAAUAUAGUGUAUUAUAAAAUCAUUUAUAUUUUAUAAUAUACUAUAUUUAAUAUAAUAUUAUGUAUGGCAUGGACCCCUCUUGCAUUGAACAACCACACAGACUGUCAGACACUCAUUGACGAUCAGGAUUUUCUCAUUUGUAAUUGAAAGAUGCAAGACAUCACUCACAAUUUUUGUAGAUUUGUACAAUUAACGGUACAGUCUUUCUCGCAUAGCCUUUCGCCUGUCUUUGUUUAUACUCUGUAUAUAAUUAAAUCUCGUAUAUAAAACUAUAAAAUGUCCCUUGGCUUCCGCGAUUUCAAUCUUUAAAUAAUCCAAUGUCCAAUUUUGUGCAGCUUUUUAAUACAUUGUGACACAACAUCCAACAUUUUUUAUAUUAAAAAUAAAAUUUCCAUUGAUAGACAGCAGAUUUCAACGACCAAAACGACUCUUCGUCUUCUUUGAAGAGUUAAUACACUCCUAUCUACUCCCAUAGUCAGCCAUAUUUAUUAGUAAAAGUUCGUGUUCAAUUUCCGCAUUCCAUUGUUUUCAUGCUACCAAUCAAAUCACUUCUCGUUUUGGUUUUCGCCAGGGCCUCCGGAACGCAGU